AUGGUUAUCACAUGGAUGCGAGAUAACCUUUGUAAAGACUGGCCUGUCGGUGUCAAAUUUGUACAAUUUGAGAAAAACAGAAGUCAUUAUUCAGACAUAAACAGAGCUCCCUACAAAGCUAUGUUUGGGGUAGACGCAAGAGUUGGGCUAACAUCAUCUUCACUCCCUGAUAAAUUUAUAGCUAAAAUUGACAGCGAAGAACAUUUGUCAGAUUUAGCAAACAUGGCGCUUAAUAUAAAUACUGAUGACGAAAACAUAUGCACAACUAAUGAUGAACAAAUGGAGAUUUCUGAGCCACAACCUACUGAACAAAAAACUGACCUGUGUGUUGUAUGUGAAGCAACUGCAUUGAAUGCAACUUCUUGUGCUUCUGGUAACAAAACUGUACAUGUUUUAUGUGGAAAAUCUAUCAUAACAGAAGACUUUCUGUUAAAAGUAAUUUGCUCUCUGUGUGAUACAGAAACAGUCAUUGAAAAAGAACGUGCAAAUGCUUCCGAGUCAAUGGUAAAACAAGCCAAUUGUAUGUUAAGUCGGUCUAAUAGAGUUUUAGAAGAAGUAGACAUUGGAUGUAAUGUUGUUAUUCCUAUCCCAGUCGUUGAUCGUGGAAAAGGUUAUCCCCGAAAUAUAAUGGCUAUUGUCCAAGGAAAGUCAGAGAAAGGCUAUCGUCUUGCUACCAGGCAUAAUAUUCUGUUAGGGUCAUACACAAGAAACAAGUUUAAACCCACUGAUUUCUUGUUUUUGAGUCCAUCAGCUGUUUCAAUGGAAAAUUUUACAUUUUUUCGACAAGCUGUUAAACUCUCUUCUAUUUGUGAUGGACAAGGAUUUUUUAAAUGUGGAUGUUCUGGAAAGAACAGAUGUGAACAAAACAGCUGUGCCUGUAGAAAAGCAGGACAAUUAUGUAAUAGUAGAAGCAUCAAUAAAACUUGUCAUGCAAAAAUAAGUAAAUUGUGGUCUAAAUAUCUGUCUAUAUGCCCUUAA